CCAGCUGCUCGGUUUCGCCGAGAGCGGAAAACCCGGGUGCAGAGACGGUCCGGACCAGAAGUAAGAAACUUGAAACCUGCCUCCUGAAGGUGAGAUACUGGACCUCGUUGGGUGCCAGCACGGUGUGUGAGACCUGAUUUGAAGCAGAACCAGCGCAGAAACAAUGAUGGCACAGGUUAGAGUUCUUCUGACCAUCCUCAUCGUCGCCUCCAUCGCCGCCUGGAGUUGUGGCGGGAAGGGAGCAGCACUGAUGCCUUCACUGCCUAAAGGGAAUAUUUGGGUGACUCUAGCUCAUGCUUUGAACCAAUCAUCUAUGUGUGUGUCGCUUGCUACGCCUCGCUCUCCUUUUCAGACAUGCUUGGUAGGAGUGCCAUUGCGAAAUGAGACAUUUAAUACGGGCACUAGCGAACGGAACAACGGGACAAGGGGAAACAAGGCUGACACCAACCUAUCCUAAUGAACCACAGGAACUAGAUUUACUGGGUUCUCUUCACGCACUUGCUUGCGUGACCUUUAAUAUAUCCCGUGCUUGGUAYGGGGGACAUUAUGAUGGUCCYAMACUGAAUGUURCGCCUUUGCAAGCUUGGUAUGGUAAUUCAUCUACUUGGUGUAAUAAGAGUGUGSGUGUGGRAUUUUUGAACAACCAGGUGCCGCGACAGCUGCCUCCCGGAGUGUUUCUGUUAUGUGGAGAUCGAGCAUGGGCAGGCCUCCCCUCCGACAUGGUGGGAGGGCCUUGCACCUUUGGGCAACUAACAAUGAUGCUCCCUAAUAUCACACUGGCGCGCAACAUCACGCGAUUGAUGCACCGGCAACGCAGAUCGCUCUCGGGGUUCAAGCCAGAUUGUGCGCGCGACCUGGAAUUUUGGGGUUCUGGUACACGGGUGAUAGCUUCUCUUUUUGCUCCRGUGGGUACAGCACAAGCUUURAGGCAGCUUGAUAAACUGGGCUGCUGGMUUGCUAGGWAUKCUAAUGCCACUUCAGCAGCUAUAGCAGGAUUACUAGCUGAUGUUAACUCUGUACRUCAUGCCACCUUGCAGAAUCGAGCAGCUGUCGAUUUUCUGCUUCUAGCACAUGGGCAUGGAUGUGAGGAUUUUGAAGGUCUGUGUUGCAUGAACUUAUCAGACCAUUSGAAAUCAAUUUUUGCAAACAUACAAGAAUUACAGGAUGGUGUGAAAAUGCUACAAAGGAAUGAUAGCUGGAUUGAUGGGCUGUUUGACAAAUGGGGCUUCUCAGGGUGGCUCAGGGAUAUGUUGAAGAUGGGUGGAGUCAUCUUGCUUGUGAUAUUGUUAAUGUUAUUGUUGGUGCCGUAUUUGUUGUCUUUCCUGCAAAGGGCCCUGCAGAGAACCGUAAACACAGCAUUUUUGGUUCAAAAACAAAAAAGGGGACCUGUGGGGGAACGGGGCCCCACAAACCCUGAUUCUGAAACUCAGGCAAUCAUUGUGUAUGACUGAGGCCUGGGAAAAGAAAAGGAGUGUUAACUGCCCACAUGGAGGAGGAAUGCUGUAUCYUUGAGAAAAGCAGAUUGGAAUGCAGAAUUGAUAACGCAGGUGGCUGAAAAUUAGAAACAUUACUAAUACUGUAGCUUUUGCAAACUCACCAAUUAUGUUCUGAUUACUAAUUAARCAGCUGUCUCUUGACCAAUGUAUGBUUGACACAAAUGUGUACUCUGGUUGCUAAAGUGGAUAAAAGAGGCUUGUCCCACAAUAAAGUCCUUCUUUCUUUCUGU